GGGGGGCGAGCGAGCGGCUGCGUGGUGCGGAGUUGCCAGCCGGGUUAAACCACGACACAGCCUUCCAUAAAACCUUCGCUUGGUAACCCGUUUCAAUCCCAGGUGUUGUUUUGUCGUUUUAGACUGUCCUCCACCCUCUGUGUGUAAAGUAUCCCCCUUCCAGCAGGUACAGAAGAGGCUUCCUAACCGAACUCAUCAAAAAGCAGUCGGUGUGAAUGUUGUGGCCGGAGGUGCGCUAAAAUGGCACUUCAUGCCCGUACGUUUUCUGUUUGGUGACAAACGAUUCGAUGCCUGGACGGCCCCGCUCUCCCGCGCAGCACGAAUCCACAGCAGCGGAGCCCCUGGAUGAACUGUACGAGGCGCUGGCGGGAAUUCUGAACGAGGAAGAAUCCACUCGCUGUUACAAAAACUACUUACUGCCCACGGGAGAAUGCGUUACCCUCUCCGAGAGCAUGGCAAUCAUCUCUGGAGGAACCACCGGGCUCGUCACGUGGGACGCGGCUCUUCGGCUCGCUGAAUGGGCGAUGGAGAACUCCGCGGUUUUCGGUGACAGGACAGUCUUGGAGCUGGGAAGUGGGAUCGGCUUCACUGGAAUCGCAAUCUGUAAAACCUGCAGUCCCAAGGCGUACGUAUUUAGCGACUGCCACCCCCAUGUUCUCAAACAGCUGACAGAAAAUAUCCGUUUGAAUGGCUUUGUCCCGGAGCCCGAACCUGCUCAUCGUAUCCCAGCGGAGCCACGAGGCCGGGAUGCAGAAGCAGCGAGUUGCCCAAAACCGAAACUGAUGGUAGCAGCACUUGACUGGGGCUCGGUGACAGAAGAACGACUGUUGGAUCUGCAGCCUGACGUCGUCGUCGCAGCAGAUGUGGUAUACGAUCCAGAGAUAAUUUUAGCCCUUAUUGGUUUGCUACAAAAACUCUCCCCUCUCGGAGCAGACAGAAAACCUCCGGAGGUCUACGUCGCUUCCACAAUUCGCAAUCCAGACACAUAUCGGCUGUUCCAGGCUGAGCUCGCUAAAGUUGGGAUCGGAUGGCAGAUCAUUCCAGCCCCCAGCAGCAGUAUUUUCCUCUACGACGUACAGCCGAAUGUAACUAUUCUACAGCUGGAUUUGCCAAACACGACAUAGGUACAAUUUUCAGACCAACAGGAGCUCUCUUGCCCUUGCAACAAGAUUAUCCUGAAUUCUGGAAACAUACACGAGAGGCAGAGGAUACCACUAUCUGCACAGACUGCUGUCAGAGCGAGUUAAGUUUCUUCAUGUAAUCGUCAGGAAGCUGCUGCCCCCACAGAGCAUCAGUGAACCUCAAGCAACAGAGGGGGGGAAAAAAAAAAAAAAAAAAAAAAAAGAGAGAAAAAGCGCCCUCAUCACACUGCACUUUGAUCUGUAGAAGACAAACAGGCCUGAACUGUAAUAUUUUGCUUUCCAACUGUGUUUUGAUUUGUAAAUAAAGGAGCCACACCUGCAGGAUCAGAGGAUGAGUACUGCACACUGACAAGGGAGCAAAACAGGGUUUCAUAGUAAUAAAUAUUUUUUAAUAUUA